AUGGCAUCACAACGAACCAACUUCGAAAUUCCUAUAAACGAUGAAAAUGAUGUUUUACAAAUCACAGCGUUAGGUGCUGGUAAUGAAGUGGGAAGGUCUUGUCUAGUUAUACAGUACAAAGGAAAAACAAUAAUGCUUGAUGCGGGUAUCCACCCUGCAUAUACUGGAUUGGCUGCACUUCCAUUUUAUGAUGAAAUUGAUCCUGCUGCUGUUGAUGCUUUGCUUAUUAGUCAUUUUCACUUGGAUCAUGCCGCUUCUUUGCCAUACUUUUUGGAAAAGACAACCUUUCAAGGACGAGUGUUUAUGACACAUCCAACGAAGGCUAUUUAUAAAUGGUUAUUGUCUGACUUUGUAAGAGUAAGCAAUGUUGCAUUGGAUGAUAUGCUCUACGAUGAGCAAGAUCUUUUGCGCAGUUAUGAUAAGAUUGAAGCUGUAGAUUAUCAUCAAGAAGUAGAAUUUGAAGGAAUAAAGUUCACAAGCUAUAAUGCGGGUCAUGUUUUGGGUGCUGCUAUGUUUCUGAUUGAAAUUGCGGGCGUUAAGGCAUACUAUUCUCGGGAAGAAGAUAGACAUUUGAUGGCUGCCGAGCUUCCAUCAGUCAGAAUUGAUGUGUUGAUCACAGAAUCUACAUACGGAGUUCAGAGUCAUGAACCUAGAUUAGAAAAGGAAUCUAGAUUUACUGGUUUGGUUCAUGACAUUGUUCAACGUGGUGGUCGCUGCUUGAUGCCGGUAUUUGCGUUAGGUCGUGCCCAAGAGUUGCUCUUGAUUCUCGAUGAGUAUUGGAAAGCGCAUCCAGAAUUAGAAUCAGUGCCAAUUUAUUAUGCUUCAUCUCUAGCCAAAAAGUGUAUAGCCGUUUAUCAAACCUACAUUAACAUGAUGAAUGAAAAAAUUCGAAAGCAAUUUGCCAUAAACAAUCCUUUUAUCUUUAAUCAUAUCUCAAAUCUUAAAAACAUGGAUGAUUUUGAUGAUGUUGGGCCUUGUGUCAUGAUGGCUAGUCCUGGUAUGCUACAGAGUGGAUUAUCAAGAGAAUUAUUCGAAAGAUGGUGUCCAGAUAAACGAAAUGGCCUUGUUAUAACAGGAUAUUGUGUUGAAGGUACCUUGGCUCGGCAUGCCAUGACUGAACCGCCAGAAAUAGUUUCCAUGUCCGGUGCUACUAUUCCACUGAGAAUGUCCGUUAAUUAUGUUUCUUUCUCGGCUCAUGUUGAUUUUAUUCAGAAUAGUCAAUUUAUUGAUGAAAUUAAAGCCCCUCAUGUGGUUCUUGUGCACGGAGAAACAAAUUCUAUGGCUAGAUUGAAAUCCGCAUUACAGAGCAAGUUCGCCGAACGUGACGACAAAGUCAAGAUUUACUCACCAAAAAAUUGUGAACCCGUAAGAUUGUAUUUCAGAGGAGAAAAAUUAGCCAAAGCUAUAGGUCGCCUGGCCGCAAAGUAUCCGAUAGAAAAUCAAAUUGUGUCAGGAAUCAUAGUCUCCAAAGACUUUCAGUUUAAUAUUAUGGAUGCUAAUGAUCUCAAAGAUUUUUGUGGUAUCUCAACUUCGAAGAUUAUGCAAAAACCAACUAUUGCAUACAAUUCUUCUUUUUCAUUAUUGAAAUAUCAUCUUGAACAGAUGUUCGGAACUCUAGAGGAAACUUUGGAUAGUGAACAUGUUCCAACUUUAACGAUCUUAAACUCCAUUGAAGUGAAGCACAUUAGUAAGAGUCAACUUCGGCUAGAAUGGUCAAGUACAUCUAUGAACGAUAAGAUCGCUGAUUCUGUGAUCGCGGUGAUAUUAAAUAUUGAGAACAGUCCUGCCUCAGUAAAAAUCACAAGUCAUCCUCAUCACACUCAUGCCGAAGAAAAUUACAAUAACAUGAUGGUUGAUGAUAACAUAAAUUUUAACGAGAAAGAUCCCAAAAAUAUAGAAAAUUUGACAGAUACAAUUUCACAAUCACGAAUCUUUGCCGUCGUAAAUUAUUUGAAAAACCAAUUCGGUGAAGCGAUUAACAAAGAAAAUUCUGAGAGUGAAAUUAUAGUCAAGAAACCUGUACAGAGUAAAGAAAAAAAAUGA